CUACAUUAAUUAAUCGUAAAGAUUUCAGACUAGUUUAAUAUAAAUUAUUUCUAAUCCGUUGAUUUAAUUGACUCAUUUGGUGGGAAAUUUGAUGAGUUGGUACUAUUUGAAUUCGAUACAAAACGUCAUAAUUUAAUGUUAAAGAUGAAGAUGGCUGACGGUUCCACUAUUUUGCGGAGAAAUCGGCCUGGAACAAAGGCUAAGGAUUUCUGUCGGUGGCCGGAUGAGCCGUUUGAAGAAAUGGACAGCACUCUGGCUGUUCAACAAUACAUUCAACAGUUGAUCCGCAAAGAUCCAACCAACAUUGACUUGAUUUUGAAAAUGCCAGAAUCACACGAUGAAGGUGUCUGGAAAUAUGAACACUUAAGACAAUUUUGUAUGGAACUGAACGGUCUGGCGGUGCGACUACAGGGCGAAUGCCACCCGGAAACCUGCACACAAAUGACCGCGACCGAACAGUGGAUCUUCCUGUGCGCCGCUCACAAAACGCCAAAGGAAUGUUCAGCGAUUGACUACACCCGUCACACGCUCGAUGGCGCCGCGUGCCUCCUCAAUAGCAAUAAAUAUUUUCCCAGCAGGGUUAGCAUUAAGGAAUCGUCGGUGGCGAAGCUGGGUUCGGUAUGCCGGAGGGUUUACAGGAUUUUCUCGCAUGCUUACUUCCACCACCGUUCGAUAUUCGACGAGUUCGAGACCGAAACGUGCCUGUGCAAACGGUUCACGCAGUUCGUCACCAAAUACAACCUCAUGUCCAAAGACAAUCUAAUCGUGCCGAUCUUGGAGGAGGAGAACACUCCCGGCGAAUCGGAAGCAUAAUUUAUUUCAUUUUAUUUAUAUAUUUUCGUGUGCGUCCCGCAAAUCUACAAUUAUUGUUUAUUAUUAUUAUUAAUUAUGUGAUGUCGAUAUAGUAUAGUAAUUUAAUUUCUUAUAAUUAUAAUUAUAUAUUGAACAAGUCUAGCGGUAAAUAUUUAUCCGGGAGUUAAAUUUAAUACGUUCGUGCAGCCAUUUCAUUGCUUAGGCUCUUCUACAAUUCCAUGAUCUGGUGUCAUAUUUAAAACUAGGAUCAUAGAAAAUCUGUGUAGAACUCGAAUAUUUAACCAGGAACAAAUUCUAAUGAAUUCUGAAAUUUUCUGGUACAAAAAAAAAAGAAUUUGUUCAUAGUAUUAAAAAUAGGAAUAUUGCAUGUGCGUAACUUUACUUUCAGUGGACCGUUUUCCGCGUGAAACAUUGACUAAUAACUGCAGUUAUUGUAUGACUACACCAAUGAAUUGAACGCUAUAAAUUAUAUUUAUAUACCUGCCGGUAUUAAGAUCUUGUUCAUAAUGAACAAACGUUCUGUUUUUGUUAUUUUUUUAUGUAGACUAUACAGACAAAAAAAUAAAUAUCUAUACUUCUUA